GGAUGAAAUAGACAAGUCCCUGAAGGAGAUCAAUGCGUUGAUGGGCGCUCCGCCGGCCGCGGCGCCAGCCUCGUCGCAGCCGUUGCCGGCGCUGGCGCUCGUCCCCGACGUGCUGCUGGUGCAACAGAAGCACUUGAACGUCGCCAAUGAAAUGAGAAAAAUGUUCGGAGCUGAGCCGACUGAAGAAAGAAACAAACGGGGUAACCGGCAGGCACAACUCCGAAUUCAAAAGAAAACUAUCAUUGUACCAUCAGUCGAAUACACAGCCGAUUUCAAGAAAUUUGGGCUAUCUAUGUCGAUGACGCGCAACGCGGACGGGUGCGCGCACUUCACGUUCGAUCACAGCAAGGAGUAUCGGCACAUGCAUCAGCGGCUGCUACACCUGGCCUCCGUGGACCGCCGCGAGGGCUGGCCGCAGGCUGCCAUCGAGCAGGCGCAGCGCCAUAUGCACGUCGAAGCCAUGCUCGAGAGUGUAGACAUGUUCUUCCAAAUAGAAGAAUAUACAGCAGCCAACAUACUGGUCGAGCGUGCUAUAGCCUACAUGCAGUUUGUAGCUCACCCCUCAUUUCAGCUUGCAGAUCCCCGAACGCGGCUGCUAUACGCAUAUAUGGAAAACAGAACAUUCCACGUCGCUGUAUUAAAAUAUAUCCACUUGCUGACGAAUCGAGCUUGCCACCGCACUGCUUUAGAAUUAGCUAAAAUGCUACUGAAUCUCGACCCGUCGGACCCGCUAGCGGUGUUGCUGGUCAUCGACACGCUGGCGCUGCGGGCGCGCGAGCAUCAGUGGCUGAUCGACGCCGUCGACCACUGGGCCAAGGAGAGGGAUGCCGGGUUCCUUUUUAGCAUACAGUACUCGUAUGCUAUGGCGCAUUUCCAUGUUGCUACUAAAAAUAAAGAGGAGACGAGCAAGGCGGACGAGCUGCUGCAAGCGGCCAUGCUGCGGUUCCCGGCGGUUGUGUUGCGGCUGCUGGAGUGCGCGUCCGUGCCGCCCGGCGCGCGCCUGCAGGCCUGCGCGCUCUUCACGUGCAUAGCCGAGACCAAAAUCACGAAGAACCUAAAGGAGUUGAUACUGUUGUACGCGAAACUGACUUGGUCGAAGUGGCGCGAGCCGGCCGUGUUCGAGUGGCUGCAGCGCAACGCCAGCGAGCUCGCCGAGAAAUACGACCAGGAGCCCGCCACGCAGGAGCGAGCCAAGGCGCUGGCGAACGAGCAGCUGAACCUGUUCCGCAGCUGGCCCGACGAGGUCAUCCGCCACCUGUGCGUCAUCAAACCCAUGGCCAACCUCCUCGUCGACGGGGCGGUGCCGCAGGUGCGGAGCCUGGUGUCUGCGGACCCGUCGCCGCCGCCGCGUGUACCCGGCGUCAACCGCUACGGGUACACGUUCGGGCCGCCCGCCGCCAGCGCCGCGCACUCCGACCUGCGCCUGCUGUUUGCCGCCCUGCUGCCCACGUAUGCCGACUUCGCGCCGCACCAGCCGGAUACGACGUCCAUGAUCGGCCUCGCGCUGAUCGCGACGGGCACCGGCUGCGUGAAGCCCUGUGUAGCGGCCUUCGGCGGGGAACAGUUCCGUAUGCCCGAAGAGGAGCGUCAGCUGCAGCGGUUCUUCUCGACGUUCUACUGCACCGUGAACCUGGGCGGGUUCAUGGGCAGCGUGCUGACGCCGGCGCUGCGCCGCGGCGUCAUGUGCUUCGGCGACGACACCUGCUACGCGCUCGGCUUCGGCUUCCCCACCCUCCUAGUGCUUCUCUCCAUAUUUAUCUUUGCCGCGGGAAGAAGCUGGUACAGAAUAAAACAGCCCCGCGAAAACGUAACAUUGAAAUUCGUCUCGUGUGCGUGGUAUGCUGCGAAGAUGCGACUCCGAGAGGGCGGUACGCCUCCCGCACAUUGGCUCGACUAUUCUAUAAACAAGUAUGGAAGUAAGCUGGUAUCGGACAUGAAGAUCGUCUUCUCUAUCUUGUAUUUGUACCUACCAGUGCCUAUCUUUUGGUCUCUAUUUGAUCAACAGGGUUCUCGCUGGACGUUCCAAGCGUCCCGGCUGCGCAGCGAGUUGUUCGGGGUGACGCUGCUGCCGGACCAGCUGCAGGUGCUGAACCCGGCGCUGGUGCUGCUGCUCAUCCCGGUCUGCCCAGGCGGCGCGUGCCCGCUGCUGCCCGACCUGCCGCCGCUCACCAAGAUGUUCGUUGGCGGCAUGCUGGCCUCCAUGGCUUUCUUUGCGGCAGGCAUACUCCAAGUGGGCAUCGAGCGGUCGACGCUGCAGGCGCCGGGGCGGCACCAGUCGGGGCUAGUGGUGCUGAGCACGCUCGGGUGUCCGGUGGAGCUGACGGUGCGCGGCGCGGCGAGCGUGCUGCUGCCGGCGCGCGGCAGCACGCUGCUGGCGCCGCUGCCGCACGCGGAGCUCGCGCUGCACGCCGCCUGCGCGCACUCGUGCGACGGCCGCCGCAUGCGCCGGCACCAACUCACCACUAGCAUCAAACCUGUUGCAGGACUUUUCAUGCCAGUCGUGAUUGGACAAGAUUCAGAUGACCACAUAUCGUUUCAUUUUAUGGACCCUAAUGCAUUCUCCAAAUCAUUAUCCGGGAAACCUAAACUUAAAGUGGUAUACGUGGGUGAGACGGGCCCAAAUAAGAACGUGACAAUAUCGAUUGAGACCGACAAUCAGUUGACGGACAUCUACUACGUAGCCGAGUCGCCCAUCAACCUCAUCGGCGAGUCGGCCUACAUGCACUUGGCGCCGGGCAGGUACACGUGGCGCGCGGAGUACGCGGGCGGGCAGCUGGGCUCGGGCGCGGGCACGCUGCACGCGGGCGGAGUGUACGUGCUGAGCGCACGCGCGCGCCGCGGCCGCCUCGACAGCGUGCAGCUGCACGCGCCCAACCCGCCCAACGAGCUGCACCUCGCUUGGCUGCUGCCCCAGUACCUGCUCAUCUCCUGCGCCGAGAUCUUUUUCGCCGUCUCCGGGUUGGAGUUCUCAUUCACACAGGCACCGAAGAGCAUGAAAACGAUAACUAUAGCGGCUUGGUACAUGUCGGUGGCCGUGGGUAAUUUUAUCGUUAUUCUGGUGGCUCAAACUAAAAUCUUUGAAUCCAGGUCGACAGAGUUCUUCGUAUACGCUACCAUCCUGGCGAUAGCGAUGCUCUGCUUCCUCAAGAUGGCGCAGGACUACCAGCCCCGCAGCAUCGACGACGAUGACUACUCGGAGGAGAGUAUCCCACUGUUACUUGGGUUGUCUAAGGUGAUAUCAGUGCGUUCGGCCGUCACGACGACCACGUUCACCGGCGCGACGAGCGCAGCGUCGUGCCUGGGGCGCAUGGAGCGCGCGCGGCCCGGAGCGUGGCCGCCGCACGCGCGCGUGCACCUCGCCACGCCCACCGACAGCGACGCGCCCGCCACCACGCUGGCUAAGAAUUAACUGACUCUAGGCCUUUGUCGAUCUGGGUUUACAAUUUUUUUAUUGCUGAUUCGAGCAAGCG